UUAUGGAUUAGGUGCUUCUCCUCAGAGAGUAAAAAGCGAAAGGCAGCUAAUUUUCUGUACUCCUUUGUCAAGAUUAUCAUUAAUCUACAUGUUUCCAGACGCGUUGAGGGCAUUAUGUUGGGGGAAAAGUUGUUUUUAUGUCAUUAUGAGUCGGGUCUGGACAUCAGCAGUAAAUGAUGGCCUUUUUUAGAAACUUUGAUGGAAUAUUCGACGCACUGCAGGAGAACAACUUUUAUCAAGAAUACUGUGAUUUGCAAGUUUUGGUUUUCUGACUUUUUUUCUUUUUCAACUGUUGGCUUGGUAUUUCAGUCGCUGGUUACUUUUUCGCUGCCGAGUUUCUCGAUGGAGUUGGUGGCCAGAGUUUUUUAAUCACCUUUUUCGACCAGGAUUUGAUAUUUAUAAUGUAGAUCCAUCUGGAGUAUGUGCCUAAAACAAAUCGAAGUGUUUGAAAUCCAGUGAAAAUCCUUCGCCACUUCUGGAGAAAGGGAAAUGCGGAGAAAAAACGGCGUCUAGAAGGAUGCUGUUGCUUGUACAAUGGAAGUGAAGAACUCUUUAGCUGUUGUUGCGGUGGCUUGUCUCUUCUUUUGCUCCACUUUCAGCCAAGAACUCAACCCUAAAGGCAGAAAUGUAUGCAAAGCACCUGGAUCAUCAGGAGUGUGCUGCAGCGGAUGGGGACAGCUAGGGGAUGAAUGCCUGACACCUCUCUGUGAAGGCAACUUCACUUGCAAGGAAAAUGAGGUGUGUGUCAGGCCGAAUGAAUGUCGCUGUCGCCAUGGAUACUUUGGAGCUAGCUGUGACACUAAGUGCCCUGCCCAGUUCUGGGGCCCUGACUGCAAGGGGAAAUGUAAUUGCUACCCCAAUGGCCAGUGCGAUGACUUGACCGGCGAGUGUACCUGCAACCAUAAUCGUUGGGGACCUAACUGCGAGAAUCCUUGCUUAUGCCAAAAGGGCAAGUGUGACCAAGAGACCGGCAAAUGCACAUGUCACCCUGGUGCCUGGGGUCCCCAGUGCAACAACAACUGCUACUGCAGCAUCAACUCCAUUUGCGAUGCUAUGACAGGGCGAUGUAUGUGCAAUCCUGGUUGGACGGGGAGGAACUGUGCAAUCCAAUGUAACUGUAACAAUUCACCCUGCGACCAGUUCACGGGACGCUGCCAGUGCCGGGAGAGGCUGUGGGGCCCACGGUGUGAACGAUACUGCCAGUGCGUCCACGGCAAGUGCAACCAGGCGGAUGGCUCAUGUACCUGCACACCAGGAUACCGUGGGAAGUUCUGCAGGGAGCCGUGUCCUGCCGGGUUCUAUGGUCAAAACUGCAGGAACAGGUGUGGGCACUGCAAGGGCCAGCAGCCUUGUAAGGUGACAGAGGGGCGCUGCAUCACCUGCGACAGAGGCUGGAAUGGGACACGGUGUGACCAGCUCUGCUUCAAAGGCUUUUUUGGCGAAAACUGCCAGGAAGUGUGUCCCACCUGCAAAGACGGUCACCACUGCGACCCCACUCAUGGGACGUGCUCUCACUGUAACCCUGGCUGGAUCGGGGACAGGUGUGAGGUGCUUUGCCCCAAUGGCACAUAUGGCGAGAACUGUGAGAACAACUGCAGUCACUGUUUUAAUGGCAUCUGUCAUGUUGUCACCGGAGAGUGCCUGUGUGACCCGGGGUUUUAUGGCACCUACUGCAAUAUGACCUGUCAACCUGGCCAGUUUGGAGUGAACUGCAACCAAACCUGCUCUUGCAAUGACAAGAACUGUGAUCCUGUGUCUGGUACUUGCUAUCUCCAGCCCAACCAGCGGAUGGGUGUGAUUGCGGCUGGAACCCUGGUCUCCUUUUUACUGAUUGUCCUUCUCUCACUGCUGUGCUGCUGCUGCCUCUGUCGACACAAAGACGACCACAACAAAAAAGCCAAGCGGAUCCUGUGUGGACGAUUCAGCCGAAUCAGCACUAAACUUCCCCGUAUUCCACUGAGGCGACAGAAACUGCCCAAAGUAGUUGUGGCCCACCAUGACCCAGAGAACACCUUCAACUGCAGCUUCAUCGAGCCCCCUUCAGUGGCCGAGCAGCCUUCCCCCUCCUCCUGGUCGUCCCAGGAGUCUUUCUCUUCCUUUGAGAGCGGAGACGAGGGGCCAGUUUACUGUGUGCCCCAUGAAGAAUCUGUGAACGAAAGCAAAGAGAAACACAGCCUCAGCCCGGCAGCAGAGAGGUCAGAAGCUAUCCCUAAUGAAGAGGAUGCAGGGGAGUACACCUCCCUGAAAGACACCAGUGUCACAAAGCCAGAUGGCAGCGAACAGCCCCUUCUCAAGUCCUCUGACAGUGAAGGCUCCACCAGUGGCUCUGAGUCCACUACUGCGGCCCUCUACGCCCGCAUUGCCCGCCUAUCCAAGCAGUCCAAGGAGGACGAUAUCAGCGGCAAGGAUGGGGAUAGCACCCCUAUACCAGAGGCUAAGCGCAAUGGAAAGCCACCACCUUCACCUGGCAAGCCCAAACCUCGCCCACCAGACCCGUCUACUAAGCCCAAAGUAUCAUGGAUACAUGGAAAUACUACAGGCUCUCCCCAGUCAGAGCAGCAGGGACAGGGGGGGAUGAAGGUGCUUGCAGUGCCAAAGGAGAAGAAGAGGAGCUCCAGUGAUGGCUCAGCCAAGAGUGAGGAACGGCAGAAAAUGAAGGAGAAGAGCCGUGAGCAACCGAAGAAAGAGGGAAAGGGGGCAGACAUAAAUGGUUCGCCCAGCAAACACAAACCACUGCGAGGUAAGAAGUCUGGGGACGAGCACAGCAGUCCCAGUCACAUGGAGCAUAUCAAUGGUGUGGUUCAGAAUGCCCUCAAGAAGAUAAGUAACUUCCACAGCUCCUCAUCUGAGAAGAAGAGUGCUGACAGUCCAAAGGAGACCCCCAAGGAGCCACCCAAGAGCCCCAAGGUUAUUCACCCGCAUAUGAACUCUGAGGCUGCCACACUCCUGGCUGCUCAGCUCAAGGAGAAAACCCAAAGCAUCAACAGGAAUGAGGGAACAGGUCUGACGAAGACCAAUGGUCUCUCCACACCCAAGGGAAACAGAGAGAAGCCAACACCUCCACAGAAAGCCAAGAGGACCCCCUCCAGUGGAUUGAAUCAGCAGGGCUCCACCAAGCCCCUGUUGCCCACCUCAAGCAGCCUCCAGAAGAUGGUGGCACCGGUCACCACCGACCUUGGGACCCCUGAAGCCAAGAGCCCGGAGAAGCAGGACUUGAACGGCUCUAGGGCAGGGGAUCCAAUGUUGGAUUCUACACCAAAGAAGACUCCGAUAAAAAAGCCACCCAGGAAGAAAGGCAAGGAGGGUACUUUGGAUACAUCGGAAAGUAAAAUACCCCAGCAAAAGACAGCGAUUAUGCCACCCCAGGUAGUGAAAUAAAUGUUUUUAAAGACAAAUGGCCAAAGUUUGUGAUGGAUAUCAAAGAGACUAAAAUGGAUUUGUCCAAAGAGGAAUUUUAUAUUUUUUCUGUGUGAGUAUGUUGUGACUCCAGGACCAGUCAAGAGUGAGAAAGGCCUUUAAAUUGAGAGCGCAGUUGAAUCGUAUUGGUGAGUUGUAUUAUAAUGACCUCUAUACAACAUUGUAUUUCAUUUCAAGAAUCCUUUUUUGUGUAACAACUAUGUAUCAAUCUCACACCACAACCUGUGGAUCAGCUGGACACUGAAAACAGUGCUGCACACUCAUAAUCCACAGUUCAUUCAUCUCUAUUCCUCUGCAGUAUGUCCACCACUAUAUUUAUAUAUGGAUUACAUUUGAGAUUGAGUAACUGUAAUUUGACAUGCAGGUAUCGAAAAAAUAGCUAUUUUUAUGGACACUCUCCACGGGUACUGAAGGUACUGAAAAUAACAAGAAAAUUAGAUCCUCUAAGGAUUGCAAGCUAUUUUUUGUUUUGUUUUGUUUUGGACCAACAUGCACAAAAACAGUUCUACCUUAAGUCACCCUAAAUUAGAAAUAAUCCUCAUUCUUGAUGUCAAAGCUGUUCUUUGCAGAUAAGGGUCUACUUAAUUAUUAUCAAUUAAGAGUCACAUUUAAAAGUUUCAGUGUGACUUGUUAGAGAACGUUGUCUUUAGCAGAGAAAGCACCUUUUUAUGUUCCUUCUCUAUUUUGCUACCAGAGAAACUUCCAGGUUGAUUUACUAUGUUAUUAGGAUUACUUCUCUUUAAUCAGCUAAAUUCAAUACCUCCAAAGUACACAAGUUAUGCUACAAUGAAGACUGAAUUGUCUUCUGUGCUCAUGAGUCACCUUCAAUUCCUGACUGAGCUUUAGCUUUGGUUUCAAAGCUAUUCUCUACAGAAAUGUUACAUUUUUGGAUUAAACAUUUUUGCUCUCUUUUGUCCAACUAUGUCAGACACGGUUUGUUGAAACCCAAACAAGAGCUUUGAUCUUUCUGCAAAAAGGGCUGUUUUAAACCUUUUUCAUACUUCUGUUAACACCAAAUCACCAGAAUGUGUUCUUACUGUACAUUUUAUUCAGUCAGCUUAACCACUAAACCAAAAAUAAAAUCCUAAGCUAUGCCAUGUCCUCACUUAUGUCAUGCUUAUAAAUCACUUUAAACUCACUCACUUUCUCUGUAAUACAUCAACAUCUGCAGUUUCCCUUUGCUGUAUUUAAGAAAACAUACUGCAGGACAAAUCCUCCAUGUAGAUCAGAUGCAAUAGAUAGUUCCGUUAAAGUAAUAAAUAUUAGUAUCAUUUUCCCCAGAUGAGACUACAGAAAGAGACUGCCAUGUGCUCUUUUGGUUUAGUUGAGAAACUAGGUCAAUAUCGCCAUCGCCUAUUCUCAUUUCUGAAUUUGUUUAUGCCAUUGGGGUAUUGUGUGAAAAAAACUGUUAAAGAUGUUUUGUCCCUUAAGUAUCAUAUUAUUUUAAGCUAGUAGAUUCAUGCUGAAGUAAUACUGUGCUUUAAUUUCAUUGUUUUAAGGUAAGAUUGUAAGGCUAAAUGGUACCGUGCCUCAAGUGUUAAAAUGUGCCUCAACUGUGGAUCAGUUUAAGCAAAAGAAGCUUUGUUUGCCUAAAUGUUGUUGCCAACUUUUUCAAGUGUUGAUCAUGAAAUAAGUAAACCAAAAAAGGUGGUGGGGUGGUAUACUAAAACUGGACAAAUUCAGCUUGUCAAGAGGAAAAAUCUUUUAAUUCCAGUUAUUGGUGGAUAGCUUUUUUGAAAGUAGCACUCAAAAUAAGAGCUAUGUACAAAGGAUGAUAGGUAUGCAUGCAGCAAGUUAACAUGCCAUGGUUAAAAUGGUAUGUUUUGAGCUGAAGAAUAUCUUCAUUCACAGCUAAUUUGAAAAAUUGUCUUGGUUUUAUGUAUUUUUUAUCAAGGUACAACACAUUUCUCUGGUUAUUUUUUCAACAUUUUCUACUUGUAUACAUUGUGUACUUUUUAUUAUCUUUGUAAGCUGUGCUUAUAUGACCUUUGUAGUUUUCCUUGGUGUCAAUGAACUGGCUUUCAUGUUUUAUUUGCUUUUUUUGUAUGUUGCUUAUUUUUGGCUCCGAAGCAAAACUACAGUAUGAUUACUUUACUCCUGUAAAGUUUACAUUGGCUUUGUAAUUGUUCUCUGUUGAUGUUAUUGUUUGUGUAACACUUAACUGCAUGACGCAGAGUGUAAUUAUAUGGCAUUAAUAGCUGCACAGGAAACAUGUAACCUUCUCCCCCCAAUUGUUAUUAUUGUCUCCCAUAAAAAAAUAACUCAUACAGAAAGGAUUGUACAAUACUACUAUGAUACCACUGUUGAAACAAUUUCAUAUACUUAAAACCAUAGCAUUGUGUAAUUAUGAAGUGGCAAUUUUUAUCUGACUGGCCCUGCCUGUUUUUAUAGGCUUACAGUGCAUUUUUGUAAAGAAGGGCCUGAAAAGCUGCAAAACAUUACCAACUGUAAGGUAUAUUUUGUCUUUUGUGGUUUGUUUUUACCAUCUUUGAUUUGCAUUUGUGUAUGGACAUUAAAUUGGUGUUUCCUCAUUUA